UUUAGUCAGAGAAGGGAGAAGAGAAAAAAGAAAAGUUAUCUUUUAAUUCUUUUUUUUUGUCAAGUCAUUCACACCCAAUUUCAAACGGUCUUGCCCAAUUCCUAUCCUUGCUUGCUCUGUCUUUUCUUGUAAAGCACUCUGUUUUACAUUCACACGCCAUUUUUUUCCUUCUCAUUGACUUUCUGUAAAGUGUAUGAUUGUAUAUACAUAAACUUGAAAAAUAGGUUGAAAAGUGUGUUUGGCUUUUAAUUUUGUUUGUCGGUAUGGGGCUUUGCUGGUCUUCUUCUCCAUCUAGAUCUCCUUCAACAACAACAACAACAACAACACCUGCCUCUACUGGUAAUAUCAGUUCAGGUCCGUUUAAGUCAACGACUACGGGAACAUCAAGAAGUACCAUAUCUAACUUUAGUGGGUUCUCUGCUGCAAGUGGAGAAGAUGCUUACCCUGAAGGUCAGAUACUUCCCAAUCCGAACUUGAGGAUAUUCAGCCUCGCAGAGCUUAGAGCUUCAACGAGGAACUUCAAGUCUGAGAAUGUUCUCGGAGAGGGAGGGUUUGGGAAAGUCUUCAAAGGCUGGCUUGAAGAGAAAGGCCCCGGGAGUCACAGCAGCACUGGUACCGUGAUUGCCGUCAAGAAACUCAACUCUGAAAGUUUCCAAGGAUUUGAGGAAUGGCAAUGUGAGGUGAAUUUUCUUGGGAGGAUUUCUCAUCCGAACCUCGUGAAGCUGUUGGGGUAUUGCUUGGAAGGCGACGACUUGCUUCUAGUGUAUGAGUAUAUGCAGAAAGGAAGCUUAGAGAAUCAUCUCUUCAGAAAGGGUUCUGUUGUUCAGCCGCUCUCAUGGGAGAUAAGGCUUAAGAUCGCAAUAGGAGCAGCUAAAGGCUUAGCGUUUCUACACGCUUCAGAGAAGCAAGUAAUCUAUAGAGACUUCAAAGCUUCAAACAUUCUACUUGAUGCCUCAUAUAACGCCAAGCUGUCAGAUUUUGGAUUGGCCAAGUUAGGUCCUUCGGCGAGUCAAUCUCACAUCACAACACGAGUAAUGGGUACACAAGGUUAUGCAGCUCCAGAGUAUGUUGCUACAGGUCAUUUGUAUGUAAAGAGCGAUAACUACGGGUUUGGUGUCGUUUUAGCUGAGAUCUUGACUGGUUUACGUGCGGUUGAUCCUCUCCGUCCUACGGGACAACAGAAUCUAACUGACUGGAUCAAGCCUCAUCUGUCUGAAAGAAGAAAGCUGAGGAGAAUAAUGGACCCUCGUCUAGAAGGAAAGUACCCUUUCAAAUCUGCUUUCCGAGUGGCUCAACUGGCUCUGAAAUGCCUUGAACCGGAACAAAAGAACCGUCCAUCGAUGAAAGAAGUGGUGGAAUCGCUCGAACUCGUAGUAGCUGCCAAUGAGAAACCGUUGGAACGAAGGACCGCUAGAGAUUCCCCAAGUGUAGGUCACCAACAAAGCCAUUACCGCAGAGAACAUCUGACUUCUUUUCAACCGAGGCAAACCGUGGCUCGAGCUCACUAGUGUUGUUUUGAACUCGCGAGAUUCUUUUUUUUCCUCUCUCUCUGGUUUUGUAUUGGGUUAAAAGAUGAUUACAAAAACCAUUUGCGCGUGUAAUACUUACUACAUGUAACCAAAAGACAAGACAAAGCAUAUGUUGUAAGUAGUAAAUGUGUUGUGUUUGUUGUGUA